GUGACUUUUGUCGUGAUGGAACCUUACCAGUCGCAGUACUCCAACAGAGACUCGGCCGAGUUCCAAAAUUUCUCCAAGUCUCUGGCGGAGGCUGUCAACUUAGUGUUCAGAGAUCUGCCAGGAACACAUAGAGCCAGUCUCGUGAGAAUACAAUCACGGCCCACUGACGAAUUCUCUUGCAAGGUCACUCUAGACAUAGUAACGACAGGUACUGAAGAUACAGACAGAAUUGCAAAAAUAUUACGAGAUUACAUCAGAAAUAAACGAACCCUGGGAACUGCGGCUGUCAAUGACGAGGACUUCACCUCGGCUGUUAUUGAUCCAGGAUUUAACAGUCCGUCGGAUGCGUGUUUCGUUGAUGAGAUCAGAUGCGCCGAUGACGGUAGAUGUCUGCCUGCUUCUAUGCGCUGCAAUGGAAAUAACGACUGCUCUGAUGGUUCCGAUGAAGUUGACUGCCCCUUCGACGAAAAACUUGAUAAUACUGAUGAUCAGAAUCAAGUAGAUGAAAACAUAGAUAAUGAAAAUAUAAAUAACGUUGAUCAGGAUAAUGACGAUCAGACUGAUGAUCAGAAUAAUGAAGAUGACAGUUUAAUAGUACCGUUUUUCACAACCACUACGUACAAACCAGUAGAGGCACCCGUAAGUGAACGACGUGAAAGCUACCAGCCUAGUGAAUCGCCAUCUGGUGUGAUCCCAGAUGAUUCACUUAUAAUCGGCGAAACAACAGAAACAGCAACGGACAAUCCUGAUGAAGAUCAGCGACAAGAUACUAACUGCCCUGCUGGUGAGCUACGCUGCGAUGAGACGAGGUGUAUCAGUAGCAGUGCUCGUUGUAAUGGAUUCCAGGAAUGCGAUGACGGUUCUGACGAAGAAGGCUGUCCUGGAUGUCGAGUGUUCCCUGAGAAAGAUAUUGGAGUAUAG